AUGCGGCACCGUUUCGUGUAGUGUAGUGCUAAAAUAAAUAUUAAAACUAAAAUUGUUGUUCAAUUUGAUGUAAAAAUGGUUCGUAAACUGAAAUAUCAUGAACAAAAGCUUCUAAAGAAGGUUGAUUUUAUUUCUUGGGAAGUAGACAACAAUCUGCAUGAGUUAAAAAUAAUGAGAAAGUUUUUCGUUCAAAAACGUGAAGAUUAUACAAGGUACAAUAAGCUGUCAAGGAAAAUCAGAACUUUGGCACGACAAAUAAAAGAGCUUGAUAUGAAAGAUCCUUUUCGUAAGGAAGCUGGAGAUCGGUUAUUGCAAUUACUGUAUUGCAUGGGAUUAAUUUCUAGAAACGAAAAUUUUGAACUUUGUGAUAAAAUAACUGCAUCGUCCUUCUGCAGAAGAAGACUUCCCGUUUUAAUGGUAAGGAGUAGAAUGGCUCCUUCUUUGAAAAUUGCUACUAAAUUUGUUGAACAAGGCCAUGUUAGGGUUGGUCCACAUGUUGUGAUGGAUACUGCCUUUCUAGUGACAAGGAAUAUGGAAGAUUUUAUUACUUGGGUGGAUGGCUCAGCUAUUAAGAAACACGUGGCUAGAUACAAUGAAGAGUUGGAUGACUUUGAACUACUAUGAGAAGAACAUUUUUUUAUGUAAAUCUGUAAAUAAAACGUUUUGAUUCUUA